AUGCAAUUUGGCGUAGGGUCUACAGGUUCUCGGCUACUUUCAGGUAAUAAAAAAAUAUUUGAGGAUUUUGAAAUUCAAAUUGCUCAAGAUAAAAAAACUGAGACGUCUCUCAUUCUAAACUCAGGAUUUCAAGGUAAUGUAACGGUACUUGCAAGUUUGCUGGAUCAAUCAGUGCUAGGCAACAAACCGAUUGUGUUUUUUGACAAGCUUAAUCAUGCAAGUCUAUAUCAAGCUGUAUUUUUAAGUGGUGCUGAACUUGUACGAUAUCGACACAAUGAUAUGGAUCAUUUAAGCAGCUUACUUGCAAAAUUUAAAAAUGACUUAAGGCCAAAGUUCAUUGUUACUGAAACUAUUUUCGGUAUGGAUGGAGAUAUUGUGCCAAUAGAAGAAAUUUUCACUCUCAGCAAGGAGCACGGCGCUUUUUUGUAUCUAGACGAAGCACAUGCAACUGGUGUUAUUGGUGAUAGGGGAUAUGGCUUAUCUACUAAUAUUAAUCUUCAAGAAAUUCCACACUUAGUUUUAGGUACUUUCAGUAAGGCUUUGGGGUGUUUUGGUGCGUAUGUUGCUUGUUCUAAAGUUAUAAAAAAUUAUCUUAUCAAUAAGUGCGCAGGAUUUAUUUAUUCAACUUCUCUUUCUCCAAUUACGAUUGGAGCAGCAGCUAAAGCUUGGAGUUUAGUCCCAUACCUUUCCGAUCAACGUCGGACUUUGUGUUUUAAAGCUGCAAAUUUAAGAGAUAAUUUGAAAAUAUCAGGUUUUGAUACCGGAGAUUCAACUAUGCAUAUUAUUCCAAUAAUAUUAAGUGAUGAAGAUACUGUUAUGAAUGCAAAGGCAAAACUUCUAGAGCAAGGGAUAGUUGUUUCUGCUAUACGUCCACCCACGGUUCCUCCUGGAACAUCAAGAUUACGUGUUGCACUUAACGUCAACCACUCUGAAGAGAAUAUAGACCGUUUGAUGCAUGUUCUGAAACAAGUAUAG